AUGAAUAACGAUGAUGGAAAUGGUUCAAAUAAUAAUACAAGUAAUUCACCUGGUAGUGAAGGGGCGAGUUGUGGAACAUGCCGUAGACCUGAUACCAAUCGAAUGGUGCAGUGUGACCAAUGCGAUGUUUGGUAUCACUAUGAGUGCGCUGGCGUAGAUGAAAGUGUGGCAAAUCGGGAUUGGAUUUGUGUAAAGUGUGAGAGGAAGUCUUUGCUGAAGGAAAGGGUUUCUUUAAUCGGUGAACGCGAUGAACUCCGUAAACAGCAGAAGCGGUGGCAACAAGAUCUACAACAACAGAAGCGGUUAGAAAAACAGCAGCAGCAGCAGUUAGAAACGCAACAGCAGAUGUUGGAUCAUUUUGAGCAGCUUCAGUUGCAGUGGCCCAUGUCGCAGCCGUAUAGUAGGCAGUCGGAAGUUUUAGCACCUAGCAUUGGUAAAGAGAAUUCUUCAACAGAUCUUCCCGGGAGAAAUACAGGAACUAUCCCAAAGGAUGUGACGUUUUGCCGUAGUGGAAACUUGCGUGUAGAGGAACAACAUGAGCCAUCGGGCAAUCGGUCGAUUGAUCCGAAUGGAUCGUUGAACAGAACUAAGAAAGCGGGUUCGAAAAGCUCUAGACGAUCAGAAAAGGCGAAGGAGAUGCAGCUGAGAGCUUUAGAAGCCAGACAGGAACUGGAAAAGAGGCAGCUUGAGGAACGUCUAGCCUUAGAGCAGGAAUUGUUGGAAUCCAGCGAUAGCGAAGUAGAAACGGUGAUGAGUAAUAAGCAGCUCGAAGAUUGGUUAGAUGAAACUGUUAGGGUUGAGGGAGAUUACAUGAAUGAGAUACAGAUGAAUGAAACUCCGUUACCGAAAUACACAGUAAACCCGCAGAUGAUUGCUAAACCCGGAAUGCUGCGAACUCAACACACCUCAACGCCACGAGUGGCUAAUUCAUGUUUGAGAGAGAAUACUGAAAAGUCUGUAACCUUAAAUAAAAAUCACCUAGCGGCACGACAGACUGUGAAGGAUCUUCCUAAGUUCGGUGGUGAUCCCGAAGAUUGGCCCAGAUUCAUUGCUGCGUUUGAACGAUCAUCUAGAAUGUGUGCAUUCGGAAACGAUGAACUCCUCGACCGACUGGAAAGAUGUCUUUACGAUAGGGCACUCAACGCUGUGAAAUGUUUACUUUUACAUCCUGAUAAUGUACCGACCAUAAUUAAUCGCUUACAAACAUUGUUUGGAAAUCCAGAUUCAAUUAUCGAGACAAUGAUAAGGCGAGUAAGAACGCUGCCACCCCCCAAAGCGGAAAGAAUGGAGACGAUUAUAGAUUUCGGUAUCGCAGUGCAGAAUCUUUGCGCAACAAUCCAAGCGUGUCGAAUGAAUGAACGCUUAUAUAAUGCCACGUUGAUACAAGAAUUGGUUGAGGUUCUUCCCUACCCGUUGAAGGACAAAUGGGCGAGACAUAUGUACAAGACAGGCGCUAGCUCUUUGCUCGAUUUCAACGAUUGGAUCGAAAAAAUUGUUGACGCUUAUAGUCUGGUGACGAGACCUCAAGCGUGGGCCAAAUCUUCAGUAAAGACAAAAAAGGAUGAAGCCUUUCUCCAUGUUCACACCGAAUCCUCUAUUGAAGUAGUUAGUGGAAAAUGCUUUGCAUGCGCUGGAGAAUGCGCUGGUCUGGACGUGUGUCCUCGCUUUAAUGCUAUGACAACUACAUCCCGUUGGUCUCUUGUGAAUGAUAAGAAAAUUUGUCGCAAAUGUCUCAAAAAGCACUUUAAGGCCUGUACUACCAGGGUUCAAUGCAACAAAGACGGCUGUCAGUACCUUCAUCACUGGCUUUUGCAUGACGUAAAAAAGCAUAAAGCUAACAUCCAAAAACUUCCCCAAACCUCAUCGUGCAACGCUCACCAUGGUUCCCGUGAAGCUAUUUUAUUGAAAUAUGUUCCAGUUACCGUUUAUGGAAAAUACAAAUCUGUUACGACAUAUGCCUUUCUUGACGCAGGAUCUACCUGCACGUUGAUGGAGCAUAGUUUGUGGAACGAGCUGAACUUAGAAGGAAAACGUCAUCCGCUCUGCAUUAGUUGGACGGCAGGACAAGGCAGAUAUGAAGGUGACUCUGUGAAGUUUUCCGUUGAUAUAAGCAGUACUUCGAACCAGAAAAAUAAGUUCAAACUUUCGAAUGUACAUACAGUUCGUAGCUUGGAUCUUCCGUCUCAGAGUUUGUGCCUUUCUGAGUUAGCGAAUCACUUCCAUCAUCUGUCUGAGAUACCGGUAGAGUCGUAUGUUGAUGCUAAGCCAAGGAUUUUGCUAGGAAUGGAUAACAUUCGCCUGGAGUACCCAUUCGAUUCGAAGGAGGGUGCCGAGAAUCAACCAACUGCAGUUCUGACUCGCCUAGGAUGGAUUAUUUAUGGACCGUGUUCCGUACCGGAAACGGCAAUCUCCGAAGAAAAUGAGCAAGCGUUUAGCUAUCAUAUUUGCCAAUGCGAAACUCUAAAUUCAGCCAUAAGAGACUAUUUUUCAUUCGAUAGCCUGGGUAUCUCGACAAAUAUGAAUCGACUGUCAUCAGAUGAUUCACGAGCAUUAGAUCUGUUAAGGUCUAAUACUGUGUAUAGAAAGGGGAGGUUUGAAACCUGUUUGCUCUGGCGAUAUGAUGAUAUAACACUUCCAGACAGCAAAGCAAUGGCUUUAAAACGACAUCUUUGUUUGGAAAAACGCAUGAUAAGAGAACCAAAGAUGGCUAAAGAACUACAGCAGAAGCUCUUCGAGUACGAAGUCAAAGGUUACAUUCGCAAACUUUCAGCACAAGAAGAAAGAGAACAUCAAGGCCGUCAAUGGUAUCUACCUAUUUUUCCUGUCUUUAACCCUAAUAAACCUGGAAAAUUGCGUAUUGUUUGGGACGCGGCAUCAAAAAGUCGAGGUGUCUCCUUGAAUUCAUUCUUACUUAAAGGACCGGACCAACUUGUUGCUUUGCCCCAUGUUCUUCAAAGAUUUAGAGAGUACCGUGUAGCCGUUUCGGGUGACAUUCGUGAAAUGUUCCACCAAGUUAACAUGAACGAACUGGACCAACAUUGUCAGCGGUUUUUAUGGAAUGAUGGUGUCAUCGGGAAGGCGCCAACUGUGUAUAUUAUGCGGGUGAUGACAUUCGGUGCAAGCUGCUCACCAAGCAGUGCACAGUAUGUCAAAAAUUCGAAUGCGGAACGAUUUGUCACCAAGUAUCCGAAAGCAGUUUACGCGAUUCGCUCUGGGACGUACGUGGAUGAUAUGCUUAUCAGCGUCGAAACAGACAGAGAAGCAAUUCAACUAGUUAAGGAUGUUCGAAUGAUACACUCGGAAGGAGGAUUUGAAAUUCGGGGUUGGCUAUCUAAUUCUACACAAGUGUUAAGAGCUUUAGGGGAGAAGUCAACAGUUCAUAAGGAUUUGAACGUAGACAACGAAUUAGGUUCAGAAAAAGUAUUGGGAAUGUGGUGGAAUACGGCUGAAGAUAUAUUUACAUUCAAAGUACCACGUAGAUGCAACCAAGAAAUACUGUCCGGCAACGAAACACCUACAAAGAGGGAAGUUCUUCGAGUCCUUAUGCUCAUAUAUGACCCCCUAGGAAUGCUCUCCAACUUUUUGAUGUAUUUAAAGGUUUUAUUGCAAGAGAUAUGGCGCUCUGGAGUCGGUUGGGACGAACCAAUCCACGAUGAACAACUUUCGAAGUGGCGUACAUGGCUUAAUGUCUUGAAGCAAGUAGAAACUGUUUCAGUCCCUCGAUGUUAUCGAAGACUUACUUCAGCAAAUCCCAGUACAAAGGUUCAGUUACACGUCUUUGUGGAUGCAAGCGAGAAUGGAUAUGCAGCAGUUGCAUAUUUUCGGUAUGAAGAAUGUAACCAAAUAGAAUGUGCCUUCGUCACUUCGAAAACACGUGUUGCUCCCUUACGGUAUGUUUCCAUUCCACGCUUAGAACUCCAAGCCGCCGUCAUUGGUGUACGAUUAGCAAACGAUAUUGGAGAAAGUCAUCGUAUAAACUUGGCUCAAAGAUUUUUUUGGACCGAUUCGAGGGACGUGCUGUGUUGGAUACGCGCAGACCACAGAAAAUAUAGUAAAUUUGUAGCCGCAAGGGUUGGAGAAAUUUUGGAAGGCUCUGAAAUCGCAGAAUGGAAUUGGAUUGAGUCCUCCGAGAAUGUGGCUGACGAAGGAACCAAAUGGCAAAAAAUCCCGGACUUUUCUACAUCCAACAGGUGGUUCAGUGGCCCGAAAUUUAUUCGUCAGGAACAAACGUUGUGGCCGUCACAGCCACCCUACUCCAGGAACACUGCAACUGAGCUUCAGAAGUUUAUUAACAUUCACAUCAUUCAACAACCACCCUUUGAUGUGACAACAUUCUCUAAAUGGUGGAAGCUUGUACGCGUGAUAUCGUUUGUAAUACGAUAUCUACAAAACCUUAGAGCUACGAUACAAGAAACAAAACUAUCUACUGGAGUUCUUACACAGAGCGAAUUGCAAGCUGCCGAGAUUUGUAUCUUGCGUCAAGCGCAGAAAGAUGCGUAUGCUGAAGAAAUUUCGUUGCUGUCUUCAUCUGAUAAAAAUAUCACCCUUCCAAAAAGAAGCCCUCUCUAUAAAGUUUCCCCGUUCCUCGACGCAAACGGCGUCUUGCGUAUGCGCGGGCGUAUUGGAGCCUGUAUGUUUGUUGAUUUGAACACUGCUCAUCCUAUACUUCUGCCAAAAGAACAUCACGUCACAAUGCUGAUCGUACAGUAUAUGCAUGAGCGUUACCAUCAUAUUAAUAAUGAAACUGUUAUUAACGAAUUACGCCAGCAAUAUCAAAUUCCAAUGCUUCGAAGAGUUUGUGACCGAGUUCGCCGGAAAUGUCAAGCCUGCAAAAUUGUCAAGGCAAAUCCUCAACCUCCACUCAUGGCUGACCUACCAUUCGCCAGGCUCGCUGCGUAUUGUAGACCCUUUUCCUACGUUGGGGUAGAUUAUUUUGGGCCGUUGAAUGUAGUUGUUGGAAGACGCGUCGAGAAAAGAUGGGGAGUUCUCUUAACUUGUUUGGUGGUGAGAGCUGUCCACAUCGAAAUUGCGCAUUCGCUAAACACCAGCUCUUGCAUUAUGGCCUUACACAACUUUAUAGCCAGACGUGGAAAGCCGUUGGAGAUCUUUAGCGACCGCGGUACGAAUUUUGUUGGUGCGAAUAGAGAGCUGAAACAAGCAUUACGUGACAUGGAUCAAGACAAACUGAUGGAAGAAUUCAUAUCAACAGAACUUAAAUGGUCAUUUUUACCGCCAAGUAGCCCACACAUGGGUGGGAGUUGGGAACGAUUGGUUCAAUCGGUGAAGAAGACUCUCAGCAAUAUGAAGCUCCCUAGACUUCCCACGGACGAAGUACUACGAAACGCACUUCUCGAGAUAGAAAAUAUUAUCAACUCACGACCCCUCACUUACCUACCGGUGGAAAAUUCCGAUACCGAAGCUCUAACUCCGAACCAUUUCCUGCUGGGAUCUUCCAGUGGAGUGAAGCCUGCAGUUCCAUACGACGAUAAAUCUAACACUUUGAGAAAUACUUGGAAGACCUCUCAAGUAUACGCAAAUUAUUUUUGGAAAAGAUGGCUACAAGAAUACCUUCCCACAAUAACCCGCCGUACGAAGUGGCACUAUAAUGUGAAACCCAUCGAGGUAGACGACAUCGUAGUCAUCGUAGACAACGACCUUCCAAGGAAUUUGUGGCCGAAAGGAAUUGUCAUCAGCACAACGAAAAGCCGCGACGGACAAGUUCGUAGCGCAACGGUGAGAACAGCAUGUAACACCUACGAGCGACCAGCAGUGAAGUUAGCAGUACUAGACGUCGGCGCAACGAGUAGUAAGCAGCGUGAUUAA